AAAAGGGAUGUGACUCAGAUGGAUUUCACUACACAGUAAAUGCUAAUUCAAAUAGUAUUGUAAAACCACCCUUUGGCCUUCAGGCAAAGCAUAGUUUCAAGCAGGGAUUGGACUGUACGUAAAAAGGAGUAUGCUUAGUACAGUCGCAUGUGCUAGUUGUCAUCUUAAUGCUGUUGUAGAAUAAAACUAAUUGUGAUUAGAUAAUUUGAUGUCUAGUAAGGAAAAUGCCACAUAGGCAUUUUUGAUUAUUCAGUUGUAAGACAAAUAAUAGUCACUUGCAGCAUUAUUUUAUAGGAUUGGCUCCCUGAGCCCACGUCAGGAAUAGAAGUAAACUGACCACAGUCUUACUACCUAAAGUAGGUGAGGAAAUUAGAUUCUAAAGUAUGAAAUCAACCUACUGAUUUAUUAAAAGUACAGUGCAGAGUGUGCUAUGUUUUAAGUCCUGGCUAUUUUGUAUAAGUUAUACAAUUCAGAUGUACAUGUCAAAUUAUUGCAUAAUGCAGGUGUUCAUUUCACAAAUUUAAAAUGCAAAUUUUAGGGGGCGUCAACAGGAGUUGACUGGGUAAAGCAUAUUGUGUUUUAGGAGCAGUGAAAUUCUGUACUACAUCUGUUCUGCUGGCAAGAUAUUUAUUUGAGAUGGGAGAGAGAUAAUGGGAACUGCAGAUGCUGGAGAAUCCAAGACAACAAAAUGUGAGGCUGGAUAAACACAGCAGGCCAAGCAGCAUCUCAGGAGCACAAAAGCUGACGUUUCGGGCCUAGACCCUUCAUCAGAGCUCUCUGAUGAAGGGUCUAGGCCAAGAUAUUUAUUUAUUUAUUUUGACCCUGUUAUUUCUCCACUCCAAUAAUCUCCCCAAUCCACUUGUAAUGGGAUAAUUAAGCAAAUUGUGCCUAUAGUGAAUCUCAUACUUUCACCUGAGUGACUUCACAGUUACCAUGAAAAGACUUUGCCUUUCCCUCUUCCUGUCCACAGCGCAGGCAACUCUGCCUUUUCACCCAUUCCAACCCCACUCACCACCAAUGCAUGCACCCAUCCUUUUAUUGAAACCAAAAACGGAUGAAGUUUGCACCCAAAAAUGGGAGAUUAAAUCUCAUUCCAUGCAUAAAAUGUUUGACUGCCCACAACUUGGCCAGUAUUUUGUUCUAUAGAUUUAAUGUUCUGCCAACUUUUGGGGGCCUAUAAUUAUUUGUGAAUGGAAGAGCUAAAAUGCCAUGCUUCUCAAGCAUGGGGGGUGGGAAUGGAAUAAAUUCCUAAACAGAUGUUCCAGUUUUGUGAUAUCUGAAAGUUGAAGUGCAAAUAUUAAUAAUUGAGAAACAUGAUGUGAAAGGAAUGACUAACAAAUUGAUUGAGCACUGUAUAGAGCAUGAUGCAUAAGAUGCACUGACGAAAUCGGAGAAUAGUAUUUUUUUUGUUGCUCCUAGUCUGGAUUUAAUAAAACAAAAUAUAGGUAUAGUACGUUGUAACAAGUUUGCAAUUUCUCUCACUCCCAAGACACAGUUUUACUAAAUGUAAACUAACCUGCUGCUAAGUGUUCGUCAGAGACUUGGUAAUUCAAGUUUCUCAAAGAUGUUCCAACCGUUUCAAUUUUUCUAUCCAUAUAGAUUGAGUACCAAAUUCAGCGGUUGCUUUUCUCCUAAUUUGUAAAGCAGCGUGGUGGCAAGGGAAUUGCUGAGAAGAUGCAUCCCUGAUUAGGAGGCAGCCACUAUGCGUUUUAAGAAGGAAACUGAUGCAGGAGUGGUGUCCAACUCAGCUGAGAAAACUGGCUACAUAAAUCAUGAAGCAUUAAAUGAAAUUUUAUCUACUUUAUGCCCUAAUCAUCGGAAACUUCUGACUACAAUGCUUAAGUGUCUAAUCCAAGAGAGAGACUCUUCCAAUGUGCAAUACAGAGAUCAAAGAAUUACACAAUUUAAAAGUUCCUCAUCUGACUUCAAUGAAAAUAAAAUAUCUGAGGGAUUAUAUAACUGUAAUAGAUUCCAAUGGUGUGAAAAUUGCACCUUGCAAACUGUAGAGAAAGUUCCUUUUCCAUGGGUUUCUUGCUGCUUAAGAAACCUACGUUGUUUAUCAUGCAAAAAAGGAACUCAUGGCUGUCUCACCAUAAUAAGUAAUGGAGUUUGCAAACAGUGUAACAGAAGCAAUAUCUACCAAAUUUGUACUGGGUCUUAUAAACAUUUGUCUGGAUGCACUAAUGCUGAAGAAAGUACCAUUCAAGCUUGCAGUGAACCUCCAGAUGAAGAAACUUGCAGCAUAGAAACACCAAAAUCUUCAGCCUUCCCAGGUAAUGUCACAGAUUAUAGUAAACCACGAAGUCCAUCCCCUCCACCUUUAUCACCAGUAAGAACUGAUGAAUUUGAAAUUGAUGAAAUGAGCAAAACUGCUUCAGCUUUCAAUGCUGAUAGUAUUGAGCUUGCCAUUACUCACCCUCCCUCUCUUUCACCAGAAGAGGAAAAGGAUUAUGACCCAGUAGUCUCAGGCCAAACACACAAGUCAAAAUUUGCAGAAAAAUUCGAGGAAGGAAUAGAUGGGUUUGUGGCAGUUGGUGAAAUUAGUAGAUCAUCAGAUUCUGAGAAUGAUCUGGAAAAAGGUGAAAAUUCUGCUUCUUUUCAGGAGGUAAUGGAACGAAUAAAUGAAAAGUUGAAAACAAUAGAAACAACAGAUGAUGGCCAAAUUUUGGCUGAUCUCUUCAACAAUGAUUCUUACCAAGGCAGUAAUGGUAGUUUUAAGUUGAGAGAAAUUGCAGCCACUUUGCUACACAAAGCAAAGGUCAGCGAUUAUAGCCUAAUGGAGUUACUUAGGCAGCAUGAGGAAAACCGAAUAAUUCAAACACGUUUUCGGAAACGUCAAGAAACAUUAAUUGCUCUGCACAACUCUCCAGAUUCUCCAUUGUCUCGACGUCAAACAGUGCAAAUAAAGAGGGACCUUGCAAAUCUUGACCAGCUUUUUUCAAGUAAGAAAUCGGCAUCUGAAAAAUUUGGAAAGCGGCUAGCAAGGAGCAGCACUAGAGAUGCGUGCUCACUAGCCAGAGAAUAUUCACCCAUCAGUGAAGAUUUCCAAAGUGUGAACAACUUAAAUAAAUAUUGUGGUGGUUUCCAUGAUCAGUGCAAAACUGAAUUCAAGAGUUUAUCUGAAGAGCAUGUAUCGGGUGGAUCAAGAGAUGUGACAGAAUGCAUAAAUUCACCAGAGAGUUCAGACUUGGAUCUGUUCAACAUUCUUGAGGUAACUGAAAUGGAUGUCGAAACUCCCAGUGAUAGCACUGAUAACUUGGUAGUCGAUCCUGGUUAUAAAGAUGUGCCUGUGGUCUUGCAAAAUUCUGAGAAGAUAGAUUGUAUGUCAAAUAUUGGCAGGGCCAAACGAAAUAUUCUGCCACCAGAAAGGUUUUCUAUAUACAUUACUGAGCCUAGAAAAAUGUUUUAUGCUGCUUGUUUUUCAGAAAAUCCCCAGCGUAAACCUGUUAAGGCAAAAAAACCUGAUCUGGGCUAUGAGGGUAGUGCUAGUGAAAUGUCUAACACUGACAGCCCCAUGAAGCAAGAGCUACUCAAUGGACAGGACAAUAUAAUUGUAUAUGAAGUGACUGAAAGCUUAGAAGUAUCCACUUCUAGUCAGUCUGAACUUAUAAAGGGCAAAAAUAGCAUAAGCAAUGAAAAUCGUGGAAAUAAGCCUAAUAUACCUGAGGUGGUACCAAAUGAACUUGUGGAUCAAUGUAACAAUAAAAUACAAAAGACAACUACAGUGUUGAGCACUGACCCAGUGGAAGCAGUUUGUUCCAUGGAAUGUAAUGGCCCUGCACAAUCUGAUAUUUGUAUUAAUUUUUGCACUAAGGAUUACUCAAAAUUUGUCGAUAAGCAUGGAAUUUUGGAGAAUGCAGUAAACCAUUUACUGUCCGGUUCACCUGAAUCCGGAGCUGCAAAUAUGCUUGAGUCUAAUUCACUUUUAGGCAGUGACUACCUGAGUGUAAUUUCCCCAUUGCAGCAAAAAGACUCUGCCGAGGAAUUUGUUGGCAAGCCUGAUGGUCUACAACGUGCAGCUUGUGAAUGCUCAGUUUUUGAGAAUACUAAUUCUACAAAUAAAACAGGUCAGAAUUGUCCAAGUAGCUACAACAGCCCCAUAAAACUAAUGUUUCUGUCUAAAAUAAGUAGUGAAAAAGGAAUUAAAUAUACGCUGAAGUCUGUAAACUCUUCUAAGAUUGACACAACCAGCUGUAUUUCAAACCUUGAUCUUGAUGUUCUUCUUAAAACACCAGAGGAAAGUAAUUCAUUCACCGCUGAAAGUAGUAACACGCCAGAAUAUUUCCCAAACCCAUGUCCUAAAAGUGGUGAUACAGUGGAAUAUUUCCCAAAUUCAGUAGCUGAAAGUAGUCAUGCAGCAGAAUGUUUGCAGAGUUGUUCAGAAAGUUCACCUGCCUGUGAGGAAGUUAAUUGUAAUGUUGAAAUGGAAACCUGUAGUUAUAAUAGUUCUGCAUUUCGUUCCAACAGUUUUACAAGAAAAGCUGCAGUUGAAAUUACCGAUCAAAUAAUAGAAUUGGCAGCAACUCCAAAGGAAAUAGACGAAUCUAUUCUAAAACGCAAGCCUGGUCGUCCCAAAAAACUAGGCCCACCUGUGGAAAAACAGAUUAAAAGGCCAAAGGGCAGACCACCUAAACCUAAAAUAGAACUGCCUGAACCUGUUGAAUGCACAGCUGAAGCUCCAGAUACUGGAAAAGUCAGUACAUUACGUUUAUCUUCCACAGAUGAUAGCCGCAAUAUUAGAAUUACAGUUGUCUAUGGAAGAUCGAGACGGUUCAGAAGGUUUGUGUCCAAGAAUGAUAAAAUUGUCAUUAAUGCUACUAAGAGUGAUUUAAAUCAAACUUCUGAGAAACAAAUAGAAGAAAUGGUGCAGGGGUCUGCAGAGGAAUUUUUUGGUAAGCCUCCUAGUUCUGCAUCUGUGACCCAAGGUGAAAAUCGAUUUGAUUUAGUGAGACCCAUUAAAGAUAAAACUGUUUUGCUUCACAGCAGUGGCAAUGCUAUUUGUCCAAAUAGUAAGCCGACUGCUCUUAAAACUUCUAACAGUGGACAGCGAAAGCCUGGGCGCCCUGCAAAAGUUAAAAUUUCAGGUAUAUCAGUAACUGUUGAUGCAGUAUCACCUCAGGAAAGAAAAGUCAGUAUUAAUAGUGUAUUACCUCCAUUGGUCCAAGAGUAUUCACCGUCAAAUAAAUUGUCUGUAGAUGCAUCAAACGAAGAUGGUGAAUCAUCUGCAAUAAUACAAAAUGAUUGUGGAAUAAGCUCAAAGGAUAGUCUUGGUGACAAGAAAGCAAAAUCUGUCCUACCCUUGAGACAUUCUGUUAGACUCAAAAAACCAUCUCUACACUUCCUGCAUUCUUUCGCAAGCUCCAGUUCAUUUUCUCAAAGUAAUGCUUUGGUACACAAAUCUCGGAAAGUGCUUUUAAACAAACCAGGGAAUGAACUUGCUAAAAACAGAAAUUUGGAUAUUACUAUUGUAUCUGAAAACAUCACCUCAAAUCUUCCAUCAGUGAAUAAGAAAGAGGAAACCACAAAUGAAGUAGCUGAAUUUGGCUGUAGUUCGGAACUAUCAGCAGAUCCCAUUUUUGUGUCAAGCGCUUCACUGAAAUGGUGGCACACCUCCAUUUCAAAACAAACUUUGCAGGAAGAACUUGACAAACAAUUUGAACUGGUCAACCAUGGUUGGCUGCCUGUUGAUCCUGCAGAAUUGAAUAAUUCUGACAAAAGAAAAUACCCAGGUCACUUAGAUAGAGUAACUAAAUCUGUGGUGAUUGUGGGUGACGAUAAGCAUGUUCAAGUUUCUCCAGUCCAAAUGUUGUUUCAGAAAAAUUGUAAUAUGGAUAAAAUUUGUGCAUGGUUCAUGCAAACAACAGAAACUCAUUCAUUAUCUAUUGUAAGAAAAGAGAAUGCACGUGAUCCUAUUGAAGUUCUGAAUGCUAAUGGAGUUUUAACAGCAGGAAGUCAAGUUAAUACUUGUUCGAAUCCUCAAGCGGAGCAUUUAAAAAAGCACCUUAAAAAAUUUGCACUAGAAUCUCCUGUAAAACCAAGAACGCACUUCCCUCCUUCAAGCAGAAUGUCCAAUUUAAAAGUCUGUAAAGACAGAAGGAAGCUUUUACGACUUUGCUGUAAACCACAACAUUCAAGCCACAAAGAAUUGUCACAGCAUCGUAGAGUUCAGUAUGAACAGUGGAAAUCUGUUUGGAAAUGUGUAAGUGGAAAUCCACAGUACCAAAAUCUUAAGCCAAGCACCAUGAAAACAGCAGUCAGCAAAAACAGUAAGAAAACUGAGCUUGAAAUUAAUAGCUUUCCACCUGAAGGAGAGCCAGUAUUAAUGGCCAGUCGAAAGGAAAAUGAAAGCAAAGAUAAACUUAAACCUGUAAAUAGCGUAGAUGUUGGUUUAUCUGACUGUGCCACCGUACAGAACUUAAAUUCAACAAACUACCCCAAAUGCAAAAGAACUGAAAAAUUUGAAUCCUUAGCAGAAGAUUCAGAACAAGAGUCAGUUCUGGAGGGGCAACACAAAACCACUUUCCAAAAUGCAAACUGGAAACUGGGCAAUUUUAAAGAGUGUAGGGUAUUUCUAAGAAAGAUAAACUCUCUGGAACAGAGCCAUUUUAGAAAUUAUGAUGCCUGGCAGCAGUCCAAAAAUAGAUUAUCUGAUACUAAAGGCACAAGUAACCUUCAGAGGUACACUGAAGAACAUAAUGAUUCUUGUGGUGAAGUUAAUGCAUUUGAAACACAAAGCUCACACUCUACAGGUCCUACUUUAUAUGAACUGAAAGGGAAGAGAAAGCACAAAGAAAGGACAAGUAAUGAGACUGGAUUAAGCAGUUUGCCAUCUAAAAAAGUUCAGCACUUUCCCAGCAAAUGGUCAAUGCCCUGCCACAUUGACAGCGAUCACUUUCCUUCAUUGAGUAGCAACAGUAACCCAGUCAAAGAAAAUAAAUCACAAAAGGAAAAUGCAGAAAUAGUGAAGAGUAAUGCAGGGAAAAGGAAAAGAUGCCAAGAUGUGAGUACAACUGCAGCAACAGUGAAGAGGCUGAGACGAUCAUCUGUUGAACAAAGACUACCAUAUAAUCAAUUACAGUUUCAAAUAGGAAACUCGAGUUGAUGCAGGAUUAUACCGUAACAAUGGAUGACUGAAAUAAAACAAUGCAUCAGUUCCUACCAAGGCUUGGCACAACCUGUCAUAAAUUGAGAAUUUUAAGAAGAAAACUUUAUCUCACUCAGCGUCACAUUAGUGCCUUGAUAUUCAGCCUACUGAUUCAGGUUGAAUGUAUGUAGCAAUAACACUUGUAUUUGCUGCUUUGUAUCCAAAACCUGAAGCUGUGUGAACAAUGUUGUAGAUAUCAGAGGUUGCACUAAUACUUUUUUGUAAACAUUCUUUACUCUUAUUUUGUUCUGUCUUGUAAGAACUGGUUAAAUCUACAGUUCAACAUUUCUCUUAGGUUACUACUAGAUCUCAAUGUACUUUACAACAAAAGCAUUAAUUGUCUAAAUAUUCUUUUUUUUAAUGAGCUCUUCUGUUUGGAAUUUAUUUGCACCAAGCACAGCACAUUUGAAGGUCGCAAUGCAGUAAAGGUUUAUAUGACAUUUUUGGAAGAGGAAUGAUGGAGCAUGAUGUAUUUUCAUUAUCCAUGCUUUUGAAAACCAUAGCACUUCAGUAAUUGUACUUUAUACUUUAUUCACUUUUGAUGUAUAUUACAUUGUAAUUUUUUUAUAAAUUUGUAUCCUUAAUGAGUAAUUGGUGAACUUUCAAAAUUUUAAACAAUUUAAAUUGUGUUUUUGUGGAAACACCUAUUGAUGCAGGAGUAAUAACUACCUCAAUCAGUUAAGUGAUGGUCUAGUCUAAACCUUUUGUUGGGGGUGGAGGUGUCCAUUGAUACAAUAAAUGUAGACUGCAAUGGUACCUGAAGCUUUCUGUUACAAGUCGUCAGCAAUUAUUUGGUCACAGACUUGAGAAACUGGCCAUUAUCGUAUCAUCGUGAUCCAAAUACACACAACAGCAUAUUUUUCCAAGUGCACUUCCUCAGUGACAUUUAACUCAGGGAAAAUAAAACUUGUAUUUUGUUUCCAGUUAACUUAAGUCUGGAUAGAAGUGCCCUGUGGUAAUGUGUUACUAUUCUGAAUGUGAUUACCUGGAGUGCAGCAUUUCUCUAUUAGGAUUUUUAUUUUUACAGCUGCGUGCACCUUGCUUAUUCAUUGCCCUGUCAACUGUAUUAAUGUUUAGAAAUUUGAAAUUGUACGGCAUUAUCUUAACUAGAAUGAGUUUUUUGGGUUGUAAAAUGAAAAAGAAAGUUUCAUCUUUUAUUUUUGUUCACAAUUUUCUAUAACCCUGUAUCAUAGUGAAAUUACAUUGUAGGUUUCUUGAAAUAAUUUCUGUAAAGAUAGACAAUAGCUGAAUCUUGACACUUAAUAUCAUCUUGGCUAACUAUCUCAAUGCCAUACUCCCAUUUCUACUUCUAGAAAUCUAUGUAUUUCUUCAAUAUAUUCAGCAAUUUGUUCUUGUUAGCCUGAUGUGAUGGAGAAUUCCACAGGUUCAGCAGUUUCUGGGUGAAGAAGUUUCUCUUCAUCUCUGUUUUAAAUGGCCUAUUCCAUAUACUGAAGUUGUGAUCUUUGUUCCACAGUCUCACCAUCACCAAAGACAGUAUCAUCAAUGUAUUCAGUUUCUGACAGAGUUUUAUACAUUUCAGUGGACCCCAUCUCAUUCUUCUAAACUCCAUUGAAUAUGGACCUAAUCAACCUAACCUCCUCAUUCAACAAGCCUGCCACCUAGAAAUGAACCUUUGCACUCCCUCUCUGGCGAGUAUGUUUACUGUAACAUAUUUAUGCAUUCAAGUAUUCUUUGCUUCAUUUUGUGAACUACUGUCCACUUUUGUGACUGGGAUAUAAAUCCUUUUUGUAAAAAAGGGCCAGCCAGUAUUGUACAACAAAAAAAUAGUAUCCAGAGUAUGAGAUUGUAGGACCUGCAGAUGCUGGUGAAUCUGAAAUACCAAGGUGUAGAGCUGGAUGAACACAGCAGCCAAGCAGCAUCAGAGGAGCAGGAAGGCUGAUGUUUCGGGCCUAGACCCUGCAGUUUCUACUGUCUCUGAAACAUGAUUUCAGUAGUGCUUUAUAUAGAAGCCAUGAUAAAUCUGUCUAUCCAACAUAACAGAUGAUCUGACUUGCAAUCUGAAAAAUGUCAGUGUUUAAUUAUUGUAUCCAAAUAUUUUGAUCUGCUUGAAACUACUUUAAUUUAACCGCUGUUUGUCAUGCAUUUGUUUAAUUGCUUGAUUUUGUAGAAGUCUGAAUUCUGCCACUUUUUACACAUCGUUUUGAUUUCUCAUUCAGUUUAAUGUUCCUACAAAAUUGGAUAUUCCACUUGCACACUGUUUUAUUCGUUAUGAACAUUUGGAACGCAAGAAUUGUUGGUGGGUAACUUAACCUAAGCUCCCCAAAUUCAACCCCCGUUAAUAUUUAAUCACACUUUUUCUCCUGCAAAUUCCACUGGCAUGAAUAGCCUUAAUGUCAUCAAUAUAUUCCUUUUUCAAAAUAGUUUUUCGAAGGGAUCUUAACCUCAUUCCUCAGGAUCAUCUGGCCUCUUAAGGGCAUUGAAUCCCGCGUUCACACUCUCUCAGGUACCUUGUCUGUUUAAGUUUUGAUUGAGUGCUAAAGCAUGAUCACGAUCAAGAUGUGGGAAGUGUGAAACUAUAUGAAUGUAUUCCUUAACACCAGAGUCAGUGAAGAGUAAUCAAAUGAUAUUAACCCCCUUCUCCCCAAUCAAGAUAAUUUGUUAGUUGCAGUAGUAUUUAUAUAGAACAUGUGAAAAUUGGGCUUUUCUGACCUGCAUAGCUAAUACUGAGUUUAGUGACAUACUUAUGAUCAUAGGUCCUUUGUGUUUCUGACCAACAGUCCUAGUAGUGGUCUGUAAAUCCAAAAUGAGUGGCAGUUUACAGAUCAGUUAACCAAUAGAUGAGCCUGCUUAAGGAUACUUGUUUUAAGUUUCCAAGUUAAUGUGAGAUAUGUGAAAUCAUUAUAUUACCUCCCCCUAACAAAUUGUUGCUGUUCUCAAUACUGUUUGGUAUUAGAAAUAUAGAAAAUGAGUCGAAGGAUGUUUGAUCCUUCAAGCUAGCUCUACUAUUUAAUAUGAUUAUGGCUUAUCAUUUAAUAAUUUCCAGUUACUGCUUUCUCCCCUUACCCUUUGAUCCCUUUAGACUUGAGAACUACUUCUAACCUCUUGAAAUCAUUCAGUGUUUUGGUCUCUGCCAUCUUUGUCAGAUAAAUAUACAGGCUUACCAUUCUCUGGGUGAAGAAAUUUCUGAACUCAUUCCUAAAUAGCCUAGCUGAUAAUCCCUAGGUUAUAAACCGUGGUUCUGGACUCCCUGAUCAUCAGCAACAUCCUUCCUAUGUUCACCCUGUCCAGAUCUGUUAGGAUUUCAUUGUUUUUUUAUGAGAUUGGAGUUUAGAAGAAUGACAGACUAUAAAUAUAGCCCUAACUCGUCCAGUACCCCUCAAUAUGUCAAUCGUGCCAUCCCAGGAAUCGGCUAAUAAGGCCAUAAGAUGUCAGAACAGAUGUAGGCCAUUUAUCCCACCAAGUCUGCUCUGCCAUUCAAUCAUGGCUGAUGUGUUUCUCAAUUUCAUUCUCCUGCCUUCUCCCUGUAGUCCUUGACCCUAUCCCCUGACCCCCUUUGCUAAUCAAGAAUCCACCCAUAUCUGUUUUAAAGGCAUUCUGUGUUUCAGCCUCCACGGCCUUCCAAAGCAAUAAUUCCACAGAUUUGCCAACCUCAUGAAAUUCCUCUUCAUCUCAGUUUCCUUUUAAAAGCACUUAUGCUAUUUCCUUUAAUCACUUGAGUCCAAGUUUCACAUUCUAACCAUAUAGCAGUUACUGUUUUGUACUUGCGCCCUAGUUUUAGAUUCUCACCCACAAAUAGAAAUAUCCUGUCCAGUCUAACUUGUCUAAUCCAGUCAUGUUUUCCAAGGCCCUAACCUGUUUAAUUUUUCUCCAUGGCUGCAAACUUUGCAUUCUGGUGCCAUCCUAAUCGUUUUUUUUUGCAUUUUCUCCAGCACUUCUCAACUAUGUUCAUAAUAUGGAAAUCAGAAUUCUGCACAGUACAUCAAGAACUUGGGUUCUAUACAAGUUUUAACUUAUCUAAACUGAAAUUCAAAACAGCUAAAGCUAAAAGUCCUCAAUAGCAGUGUAGAUCUGGAGGCAGCAUCAGAGGAGCAGGAAAGUUGACGUUUAGGGUUGGGGCCCUUCUUCAGAAAAAAAAUCUCAAAGCUAGAAGUUCUCUUUUCCUCUUUCUUUGCUGACCUGACCACCUAUGUUGCUUUUAAGAAUUCAUUUACCAGCAUCCCUAGACUCCUUUUGCUGUUUAUUUUAAAGUGUGGUGGUUAAUUCCACCUCUUGUACCAGCGUGCACCUUGUAUUUAUUAUUGUUAAUUUUGAUUUGCUGCUUAACUGCCCAGUCAUAAGUCUUCUGAUGAUUUGUAUUCUUUUCUUUCUCCAUAUAUAAUCCCUGUUUGAUAUAAUCUGGUUUUGAUAUUUUAAGGCCAACCUAUUAAUGUAUAAUGUGAAUUACAAUGACCUCAGCAUUGGUCUUUGUGGAGCAGUGCUUUCUACAUAGCUCUCAUCUUAAAUAUUUUAUACUCCUGUUCUUUGUCUUUUUUCCGCGCCCCCCCCCCCCCCCCCCCCACCAUUUUUCUAGCCAGAUUUCUGUCUGUUCAGCAAUUUGUCAUGUGGGUGAGCAUAGACUUUUGUAUUUUUUUUUCUAAUUCACUGUCAGGAUGAGGAUAUGACUAGGCCAGCAUUUAUUGCACAUCCCUAAUUGCUCAGAGGGCAGUUAAGAAUCAACCAUGUUGCUGUGGGCCUGGAGUCACAUGUAGGCCAGACCAGGUAAGGAUGGCAUUUUCCUUCCCGAAAGGGCUUUAGUGAAAUAGAUGAGUUUUCCUGCCAUUCAUGGUCACUAUUAGACUUAAUUGCAGAUUUUUUUAUUAUUUAUUGAAUUCAAAUUCAUGAUGGGAUUCAAACCCAAGUUCCCAGCAUAUUAUAAGGGUCUCUGGAUUAACAGUCCAGCGAUUAUACUAUUAGCCAUUGCCACCCAGAUCCAUAUUUUGCCAAUGGAAUACUAUGGACAAUUCUAGGCAUGACAUUCAGGCAAAAUUUAGAGGCCAAAGAUGAAGGACUACAGUUAUGAUGAGAAAUUGGACAAGUUAGGAUUGUUCUCCUUGGAAAAUAAAAAGCUUGACAUAACCUAAUAAAAGUUCUCAAGUACCUAUUUUGGUAAAGUUGAUAGAGAAAAAAUUGCUCUUCCUGUAAAGGUACGGGAUGCAAAGAGCAGACUUUGACAGAUGAAAAGGUGAGGCCAUAAAGGUCAUGUGAAUAAACCUAUUUUGGGUGCGAUAUAUUUCCUUUUAUUUGGACUAGGUAUGAUUAGAAAAUUUUUAAGGUAAAUUCAAUUUCCACAUUAGAGAAGGCCACAUUAAUGAUCAUAUCUCCCAGUGUCAAACAUUGGAUGUUUCAGAAACUAAUGCUCAGUAUUUCAUCCCAUAAUUCUACCUUGGUUCUUAAUUUUACCUUGGUAUUCUUAUGGUAAUUUAUUUAAAAUAGCAAAAUAUUGUGGGUGCUGGAAAUCGAAAAUAACAACAAUGUUGGAAAUAUACAGCUGGUCUGGCAGCAUCUGUGGCAUGAAGUGGUGUUAACAUUUCAAAUCAAUGAUUUCUUCAUUGGUUUUUACGUAGCAUUAGGUUGUUACAUGAAAACUAAGAAUGGCAAAUUUAAAUUCUAAACAGCUUCAUAUGUAUUUCAUCAGAAUUAACUUAUAAUUUAUCAACUAUCAUUAUUGGAACAAAGUUUCAGGAAAUUAUAAAUUUAAUCAAAUGAUGAAAUAGAUUCAAAGUGAAGAAUGGCUCUCUUUAUCUUUCAUAUCAUUGUUAAAUGUUCUUGUGCUUACAAAGGGAGUGUUUAUUUUUCUUGGGCAAGAAAAUAAGUCAUUUUACAUGACAUAGAAUCUAUGUGCUGUGCCAUGCUUUUUUAUGAAUUGAUUUUCCCUUUUGGGCUACUUGGGUACAUCUUUAAACUGUGAAAGCUUCUGAAGAAAAUCUGCUAUCUUAUUUAUCUUGGUGCUACUUUCAGUGUACUUACUACUAUUACCAAAAGAAAUUCCUAAAGUGAAAUAUUUGACAAAUAUGUAUGUGCACUGCAAAAUAUUUUUAUAUAUUUUAGCAAGUAUCUUAUUUUAAAUGUCAUUAUAUAAGAUGUUUGACUCUGUAAAUAAUAUCAGAUUAAAUAA